GGAAGCCAGCGACGGAGCUGCGAGGAGCCGAACGGCGGCGCGGGGACGGUGGCGACGGACAGGUGGUGAGCCCUCGCCCGCGUCGCCCGCCCGGGGCAGUUGGGCCGCCCGCCGAGUCCCGCUGUCAGGACGUGGCGUCCGGCGGUGGCGGUGGCAUCCCGGACGGCCUGCGAGGGAUGCGCCGCCUACUGCCCCGCGCCGCCUGACCGCCCCCGCCUUGCCUCGCGGUGCGCCACAGCCGGGCCCGCGGCCGUCCCUGCGGUCGUCUCCUCCGCGCUGUCCCCCAGCCGCCGCGCCUGCGGGGCUGCACCCGGCCCGGCCAUGUGGACCCCCACGGAGGAGGAGAAAUACGGCGUAGUGAUAUGCAGCUUUCGAGGUUCUGUCCCUCAAGGACUGGUCUUAGAAAUAGGAGAAACAGUUCAAAUUCUUGAAAAGUGUGAAGGUUGGUACAGAGGAGUUUCAACAAAGAAGCCUAAUGUGAAGGGGAUUUUUCCUGCAAAUUACAUUCAUUUGAAGAAGGCAAUUGUCAGUAAUAGGGGGCAGUAUGAAACUGUGGUGCCACUUGAAGAUUCUAUUGUGACAGAAGUUACAGCAACUCUACAGGAAUGGGCCAGUCUAUGGAAACAGCUUUAUGUGAAACACAAAGUAGAUCUUUUCUACAAACUACGCCAUGUGAUGAAUGAACUUAUUGAUCUUCGAAGGCAGCUACUGUCUGGUCACCUGACACAGGAUCAGGUGCGGGAGGUUAAGCGGCACAUCACCGUACGACUGGACUGGGGUAAUGAGCAUUUGGGCCUGGAUUUGGUGCCUCGGAAGGACUUUGAAGUAGUGGACUCAGACCAGAUUAGUGUCUCGGAUCUCUAUAAAAUGCAUUUAUCUAGCCGACAGAGUGUACAGCAGAGCACAUCUCAAGUAGAUACAAUGCGCCCACGCCAUGGGGAAAGCUGUCGGAUGCCAGUACCACAUCAUUUCUUCUUCAGCCUAAAGAGUUUCACCUAUAAUACCAUUGGGGAAGAUACUGAUGUCUUCUUUUCUCUGUAUGACAUGAGGGAAGGCAAACAGAUAAGUGAACGGUUUCUGGUGAGACUGAACAAGAAUGGUGGACCAAGGAACCCAGAGAAGAUAGAACGAAUGUGUGCCCUUUUUACAGAUCUGAGCAGCAAAGACAUGAAGAGAGAUUUAUACAUAGUGGCCCAUGUGAUCCGAAUAGGUCGAAUGCUCCUAAAUGACUCCAAAAAGGGUCCUGCUCACCUGCACUACAGGCGGCCGUAUGGCUGUGCGGUUCUAAGCAUUUUGGAUGUUCUGCAGUCACUUACAGAAUUAAAAGAAGAAAAAGAUUUUGUUCUUAAAGUUUACACAUGUAACAAUGAGAGUGAGUGGACCCAGAUUCAUGAGAACAUCAUCCGAAAGUCAAGCACCAAGUACUCCGCCCCCAGUGCCAGCCAUGGUCUUAUUAUUUCCCUACAGCUUUUUCGUGGUGACAUGGAACAAAUUCGGAGAGAAAAUCCCAUGAUAUUUAAUAGAGGAUUAGCAAUUACAAGAAAAUUGGGAUUUCCUGAUGUUAUCAUGCCAGGUGAUAUCCGUAAUGAUUUGUACCUAACCCUGGAGAAGGGGGAUUUUGAAAGAGGGGGAAAGAGUGUACAAAAGAAUAUUGAAGUGACCAUGUAUGUACUCUAUGCAGAUGGAGAAAUCUUAAAGGACUGUAUCAGCUUGGGUUCUGGAGAACCAAAUAGGAGUUCCUAUCACUCCUUUGUUCUCUACCACAGUAAUAGUCCUCGUUGGGGAGAAAUUAUCAAAUUACCUAUUCCCAUUGACAGAUUUCGGGGCUCCCAUCUACGUUUUGAAUUCAGGCAUUGUUCCACAAAGGACAAAGGGGAAAAGAAACUCUUUGGCUUUGCAUUCUCUCCCCUGAUGCGUGAUGAUGGCACCACACUCUCAGAUGAUAUUCAUGAGCUUUAUGUGUAUAAGUGUGAUGAGAAUAGCACAUUUAACAACCAUGCCCUGUACCUUGGCCUGCCCUGCUGCAAAGAAGACUACAAUGGCUGUCCUAAUAUUCCCUCCAGCCUCAUCUUCCAGCGUAGCACCAAAGAGUCUUUCUUCAUUUCUACACAACUUUCUUCUACCAAACUCACACAGAACGUGGACCUUCUUGCUCUGCUGAAAUGGAAAGCUUUCCCAGAUAGGAUCAUGGACAUCCUCGGGCGCUUGCGGCAUGUCAGUGGGGAAGAAAUUGUUAAGUUUCUGCAGGAUAUAUUAGAUACACUUUUUGUGAUUUUGGACGAUAAUACAGAGAAAUAUGGCCUUUUGGUUUUUCAGUCUCUGGUGUUCAUCAUUAACCUGCUUCGAGACAUAAAAUAUUUCCACUUCCGACCUGUGAUGGACACAUAUAUCCAAAAGCACUUUGCUGGAGCCCUGGCAUAUAAGGAGCUCAUCCGCUGUUUGAAGUGGUACAUGGACUGCUCAGCAGAACUGAUCCGGCAGGACCACAUUCAGGAAGCCAUGCGGGCCCUGGAAUACCUUUUCAAGUUCAUUGUGCAGUCACGAAUCCUGUAUUCAAGAGCCACCUGUGGGAUGGAAGAGGAACAGUUCCGGUCUAGCAUCCAAGAACUUUUUCAGUCCAUUCGGUUUGUGCUGAGUCUGGACAGCAGAAACUCGGAAACACUCCUCUUCACUCAGGCUGCACUACUUAAUUCUUUCCCCACUAUCUUUGACGAGUUGCUGCAAAUGUUUACCGUGCAAGAGGUAGCAGAGUUUGUGAGAGGAACCCUGGGAAGCAUGCCUAGCACUGUGCACAUCGGACAGUCAAUGGAUGUGGUGAAGCUGCAGUCCAUUGCCAGGACAGUGGACAGUCGCCUGUUUUCUUUCUCCGAAUCCCGCCGCAUCCUGCUUCCUGUGGUUCUUCAUCACAUUCAUCUUCACCUGAGGCAGCAGAAAGAGCUGCUAAUCUGCUCAGGAAUUCUGGGCAGUAUCUUCUCCAUCGUCAAGACCAGCUCUCUGGAGGCAGAUGUCAUGGAGGAGGUAGAGAUGAUGGUGGAAAGCCUCCUGGAUGUGCUUUUACAGACUCUGCUCACCAUCAUGAGUAAAUCACAUGCUCAGGAGGCGGUAAGAGGGCAACGGUGCCCGCAGUGCACAGCCGAGAUCACUGGUGAAUAUGUGUCCUGCCUCCUCUCAUUGCUCCGUCAGAUGUGUGACACCCAUUACCAACACCUUUUAGACAACUUCCAGAGCAAAGAUGAACUCAAGGAAUUUCUGCUGAAGAUUUUCUGUGUGUUCAGAAACCUAAUGAAGAUGAGUGUCUUCCCUCGAGACUGGAUGGUGAUGAGACUCUUGACAAGCAAUAUUAUAGUCACUACUGUCCAGUACCUGUCCUCUGCCCUGCACAAGAAUUUCACAGAGACAGACUUUGACUUCAAGGUGUGGAAUUCUUAUUUUAGCCUGGCAGUUCUGUUCAUAAACCAGCCAAGUCUUCAGCUAGAAAUCAUUACUUCAGCCAAGAGGAAGAAGAUUCUAGAUAAGUAUGGAGACAUGCGUGUGAUGAUGGCAUAUGAACUGUUCAGCAUGUGGCAGAAUCUUGGUGAACAUAAGAUCCACUUUAUUCCGGGAAUGAUCGGUCCUUUUCUGGGUGUGACACUGGUCCCACAGCCAGAAGUUCGGAAUAUCAUGAUUCCUAUCUUUCAUGACAUGAUGGACUGGGAACAGAGGAAAAAUGGCAACUUCAAGCAGGUUGAGGCUGAGCUGAUUGACAAGCUGGACAGCAUGGUGUCAGAAGGGAAAGGUGAUGAGAGCUACAGGGAACUCUUCAGCCUGCUAACCCAGCUGUUUGGGCCCUACCCCAGCCUUCUGGAGAAGGUUGAACAGGAAACAUGGCGUGAGACUGGCAUUUCCUUUGUUACCUCAGUCACCCGCCUCAUGGAACGCCUUCUGGACUACAGGGACUGCAUGAAAGGAGAAGAAACAGAGAACAAGAAGAUUGGCUGCACUGUUAACCUAAUGAACUUUUACAAAUCUGAGAUUAACAAAGAGGAAAUGUAUAUUCGAUACAUCCAUAAGCUUUGUGACAUGCACUUACAGGCUGAAAACUACACAGAGGCUGCAUUCACCCUGCUUCUUUACUGUGAGCUACUGCAAUGGGAAGAUAGGCCACUACGGGAGUUCCUACACUACCCAUCCCAGACUGAGUGGCAGCGGAAAGAGGGACUGUGUAGGAAGAUCAUCCACUACUUCAACAAAGGCAAGAGCUGGGAGUUUGGAAUCCCUCUGUGUAGAGAGCUGGCAUGUCAGUAUGAGAGCCUCUAUGAUUAUCAGAGCCUCAGCUGGAUUCGGAAAAUGGAGGCCAGCUACUAUGACAAUAUUAUAGAGCAGCAACGCCUAGAGCCUGAGUUCUUCCGGGUUGGCUUUUAUGGCAGGAAGUUUCCUUUCUUUCUUCGGAACAAAGAAUAUGUGUGCCGUGGUCAUGACUACGAGAGGCUGGAAGCCUUCCAGCAGAGGAUGCUCAGUGAGUUCCCACAGGCCGUUGCUAUGCAGCACCCCAACCAUCCUGAUGAUGCCAUCCUACAGUGUGAUGCUCAGUAUUUACAGAUCUAUGCAGUGACACCUAUUCCAGAUUAUGUGGAUGUUCUACACAUGGAUAGAGUACCUGAUCGUGUCAAGAGCUUUUACCGUGUCAACAAUGUGAGGAAAUUCCGGUAUGACAGACCUUUCCACAAAGGCCCCAAGGACAAAGAGAAUGAAUUCAAGAGCCUGUGGAUUGAGCGCACCACACUGACACUGACCCACAGCUUGCCUGGCAUUUCUCGGUGGUUUGAAGUGGAAAGGAGGGAACUGGUAGAGGUGAGUCCUCUGGAGAAUGCCAUCCAAGUAGUCGAGAAUAAGAAUCAGGAGCUGCGAGCUCUGAUCAGCCAGUAUCAACACAAACAAGUGCAUGGCAACAUCAAUCUGCUCAGCAUGUGCCUGAAUGGUGUCAUUGAUGCAGCUGUCAAUGGAGGCAUUGCACGCUACCAGGAGGCCUUCUUCGAUAAAGAUUACAUCUCCAAGCACCCAGGAGAUGCUGAGAAGAUUGCCCAGCUCAAAGAGCUAAUGCAGGAACAGGUCCAUGUUCUUGGAGUUGGGCUGGCAGUCCACGAGAAGUUUGUGCAUCCAGAAAUGCGGCCUCUGCACAAGAAGCUGAUCGAUCAGUUCCAGAUGACAAGGGCCAGUCUGUGCCAUGAGUUUCCAGGUUUGGAUAAGCUAAGUCCUGCAUGUUCAGGCACCAGCACCCCACGGGGAAAUGUUCUGGCAUCCCAUAGCCCCAUGAGCCCUGAGAACAUCAAGAUGACCCACAGGCACAGCCCCAUGAACUUAAUGGGCACAGGCCGCCAUUCAUCCUCGUCUCUGUCCUCACAUGCGUCUAGUGAAACAGGGAACAUGGUGAUGAUGGGCGAAGCUCCUGAAGACCUCUACCACCACAUGCAGCUUGCAUAUCACAACCCCAGGUACCAGGGCUCAGUCACCAACGUCUCUGUUCUGUCCUCAUCCCAGGCAAGCCCUUCUUCCUCCAGCCUGAGUUCCACUCAUUCAGCACCAUCCCAGAUGAUCACCUCUGCCCCUUCUAGCACCCGAGGCUCUCCCUCUCUGCCAGAUAAGUACCGACAUGCCCGGGAAAUGAUGUUGCUGUUGCCCGCACAUCGGGACCGCCCAAGCAGUGCCAUGUAUCCAGCAGCCAUCCUAGAGAAUGGACAGCCACCAAACUUCCAGCGGGCCCUGUUCCAGCAAGUAGUUGGAGCCUGUAAACCCUGCAGUGAUCCCAAUCUGUCUAUGGCUGAAAAAGCGGUGCCAGCAGCCCCCAGCAGCUGGAGCCUGGAUAGCGGAGCCCAAGAGGCCCAGCCCUUCCUGUCUGCCCUCAUGGGGCACAUCCUGGCUCCCCCAGUGCCUCCCCGAAGCCUGCUGCAUGGUCAUUACUCCCUACACUUUGACGCCUUCCACCACCCACUGGGUGAUGCCCCCCCAGCCCUCCCUGCCCGGACCCUGCGCAAGUCUCCUCUCCACCCCAUCCCAGCCUCCCCUACAAGCCCCCAAUCGGGCCUGGAUGGCAGCAACUCUACGCUGUCUGGCAGUGCCAGCAGCGGUGUGUCCUCCUUGAGUGAGAGUAACUUUGGGCACUCCUCAGAGGCCCCACCUCGAACAGAUACCAUGGACUCCAUGCCAAGCCAGGCCUGGAAUGGUGAUGACGACCUUGAGCCGCCCUACCUCCCUGUCCACUACAGCCUCUCUGAGUCUGCUGUCCUUGACUCCAUCAAGUCCCAGCCGUGCAGAAGCCACUCAGCCCCAGGGUGUGUCAUCCCUCAGGACCCCAUGGACCCCCCUGCGCUUCCACCCAAGCCCUACCACCCCCGCCUGCCAGCCCUAGAACAUGAUGAGGGUGUGCUACUGCGGGAGGAGGCUGAGAGGCCAAGGGGCCUGCACCGAAAGGCCUCACUGCCUCCUGGGAGCACCAAGGAGGAACAGGCCCGCAUGGCCUGGGAGCACGGCCGAGGGGAACAGUGAGGAGCGGAGAGGCAGCUGCACCACCAUCUUCAAUGAGCAGCUUGCCCAGGCACUCCAGGUCUGAAAAGCAAGUCCCUCCCAGGGAGCUAGAGGCUUGGCACUCAGGAGAAAACCACCAGAGUCUCUGUUCUACUGCCGUGAACUCAUGUAUUGCCAUGUCCAGAGGCCACAGCAGCAUGAAGGGUUGUGGUUUCUCUUUUAUUUCUUCCCCCCCCCCCCAUUUUUCUGGGUUUUCCUUUAUGCAGUAGUUGCUUUCUUCCUCCUGCAGUUCCAGACCACAUGGAGCUAUAUGGAGAUAUUGCACAGACAGAAUUGCUUUGCAGCAUUGCAGAGUCCAGGAGGAGGAGCCCAGGCCCUCCUUCCAGGGUAGAGAUGGCGAAGAAUGGAAAUUGCACUAGGGACCUCUUCCUUUGCUGUAUGGACAGAAAAAUUCAUGGUUGCAUUCAGGGAUUGCAAGGACCACAUGGACAUGUCACAGGUGGACAAAGGGGCCACAAGCCGUUUUGCACAAAUGCUUGCCCACGUGCCCACUCUUCAUCUAGGAGUGUGCAACUGAGGGGCUGGUCAGGCACAUGACUGGCCUAACUGCAUGCCCAGGGCACACUGACAGGCUUCCAUGGGCCAGCCUUGUCUCUUACCCCACUUUGGACAUUAUUCCAUGGGCCAGCCUUGUCUCUUACCCCACUUUGGACACUAUACAUCACUUUUAUUUUGGACUUUCCACUCAAAACACCUCAUGAUCUGCAGAAGCCUCCCUGCUCGAAUGGACUUGCAAGGGUUAUCUCUUCAGCCCUGGGGCUUGAAUUAAAUGAAGCUAGGAGGGCUAUCACUCCUGCAGGGAGUUAGCCCCUUCCCUUGUGUUAGAAAGAGCUGGUGUAAGAAUGAGGCUAAAUCCAGUGUGGCAGGAGCCAGAAUGCCUCAUAAGCUUUCACAGGUGGCUCCAAUGCCUGCCAUUUAGCACCUGAAUCAGGGAUUUUCAGCACUACCUCUGAGCCUUGGGGUUGGCUGCCCAGCCUGGCUUCCAGGCCCUGAGGAUGUGUAGUCAGGUUCAGCAAGCUCCUGGGUAUAAAACAUUAAAAUAAUUUUUUUUAACUGAUGGGAGGAAAUUAAUUUUGGAAGCAGAGAGCCACACAGGUAAAACUGUUAUCUUCCAAGUAGCCAAGUACAGAACCCUCCACUCCAAACCCAUAGGGACCGCCAUUCAGGGUUCAGGACGGGCAGAAGGGCAGUUUUUCAGACCUCCCCAGUCUGUUAGGAAGGGCACAGUGGUGACUUUAUAGGAAAUUCUUUCGUGUCAGGGCACUGAUCUUUCUCUUGGUAUUAUGGUGGGGGUAUAGUAUAUUUCACCAGGGUGCUUCUAAGUUACUUUUAAAAAUAACUUAUCUCAAGACAGUUGUUUUCCUUUCAUUUGCUUACAUUCUCAUCAGUGAUGGCCAUAAGACUGCCUUCUCCUUGGUGAGCAGGUAUGUUGCCCCACUCCCUUUAUCUUGUUGGCCUUCUGGCCUCCGGUGGCCAAGUUCUGGGCCUAGUUACUCAUCCCUUUCCCACAAUUCUUUCCCAAACCGAAAAAUCCAUGGUCAGGGUCUUUUUCUCUUAUAAACAAGUUCAAUAGAAUUGCCAGCAAAUAACCUAAGGGAAAAGAUAGAAGGCCCAUUUUACUCCAGAGUAUGUUGGGGUCCAGGUACAAGAGUAUAGGGCUUUCUGAUACCUCAGGAUCAUUCAGGCAGAGCAGAGCAGAGACUAUGGAGGAUGUAGGCCAAUCCAGGUAGCCUUGACACCUGCUCCUGAACCUAGAUUCAUUGGUAAGCUUGUUUCUGGACCAUCUGGUUCAUAGGUAUGAGGGUCAAAGUCUAGCUUUGUUGUGACUCUUAGGGAAGGCAGCAGUCCAUGAAGGCAGCCUGCUAUCCAGUGCAGACAUCUGCCUUCUCCACUUGGUGGCACAGGAAGUAGGGAGGGGAAUGUAAGGUUAAGUUCCUUGGCCUUGCUUUAUGCAAGAUGAAAUAUAUUUGUGUCGUCCCUCUCCAUUUUCCCUAACUGGAUGAAAUGGACCUAUUCUGAAUACUUUGUAUUGAAAAACCAGCCAGUGUGAGGGAAAUGGGAGGCCAGAGAUCAGAAUCAUUUGAAAAGAUUGUGAAAUACUGAUUUUCAUUCUUAUAAGCAUAUUUGUAAAUACCUAUUUGAAUGCUGUGUAUUUGUACAGGAAUUUGAGCAAAAAAUGUAUAGAGUGUGAUGUCUAAUUGGUAAUAAGCCCUAUAAAUGUGUUUUUAACCUCUGGCAUUCUGUGCUUAUUUAAAACAAGAAAACUUCUAACCAUUUCCUUUGUGUACUCGUGUCUAAAGAAAAAUUGAUUUAAAAAUGAUCUUACCUGUACCAGAAAAGUUAAAGAAAAAAAUUGUGCCGGUGUCCCAAAAGGUAUUUUACUGUAUAUAUUGUGGUAGCAUGUUAUACAUCCAACGAGUAAUGUGAAUUUUAGAUGUAAAUACCUGCCAAUUGAAUCCCCCCUCCCUUGACUGCUGUGAUGUGAAUUAAA